AUGGGGGAGCUGGCGUGGCCGCGGGCGCUGUUCCUGGCCGGGCUGGCCGCCGUCUACAUCGCCGCCUUCGGCUCCCUCUACGUACAGAUCCCCGGGCUGUACGGCCGCGAGGGGCUGCUGCCGGCGCGGCGGGUGCUGCGGCUGAGCGGGAAGGGGCUCUGGGAGCAGCUCCGCGAUGUCCCCACGCUGCUGUGGCUGGGGCCGCGCCUGGGGCUGGACACGGAGCAGGGCAUGGAGCUGCUCUGCCUGCUGGGAAUGCUGGCGGCGCUCGGGGCGCUGCUCUGCGACUCCAUGCGGGACUGCCUGGUGUUUGCCCUGCUCAGGAUGCUCUAUCUGUCGCUCUACCAGGUGGGACAGGUGUUCCUGUACUUCCAGUGGGACAGCCUGCUGCUGGAGGCCGGGUUCCUGGCCGUGCUGGUGGCCCCCCUGCGCCUGCUGCGAUGGGGGUCCCCGGCCUGGAGGCCCCACGACGCCGUCACCUUCUGGGCCGUGCGCUGGCUCCUCUUCCGCCUCAUGUUCGCCUCGGGCGUGGUGAAACUCACCAGCCGCUGCCCCACCUGGUGGGGGCUCACCGCUCUGACCUACCACUACGAGAGCCAGUGCAUCCCCACGCCGGGCGCGUGGCUGGCCCACCAGCUGCCCGUGUGGUUCCAGAAGCUCAGCGUGGUGGCCACCUACGUCAUCGAGGUGGCCGUGCCCGUGCUCUUCUUCGCGCCCCUGCGCCGCCUGCGCCUCUUCGCCUUCUACUGCCAGGUCCUGCUGCAGGUCCUCAUCAUCCUCACGGGCAACUACAACUUCUUCAACGUGCUGACCAUCGUGCUGGCCUUCUCCCUGCUGGACGAGGAGCACGUGGGGCCCUGGCUGGGCCGGCCCCGCAGGAGGCCCAGCAAUGGCUGGCCCCCCAGCCUGGGCUCAGUGCUGGGCACGCUGCUGGAGCUCAGCACCUACGGGCUCCUGCUCUGCUGGACCGUGCACUACUUCAGCCUGGAGAUCGACUGGGACAGGAAACUGCUGGACUCCAAAGUGGCCUUCACCUACCAUGAGUUCACCAUGUGGCUGCGCACGGUGACGCUGCCGCUCGUGGGGGUGGCCUCCCUGUCCCUGUCCUGGGAGAUCCUUGCGGCCAUGUACCGCUGUGCCUGCGUGCGGGGAUGCUUCUGGAAGCUGUGGGCCACCCUGCAGUGGGCCAUCAUGGCCACGGCCACCGUGGGCCUGUUCGCCGUCAGCCUGGUGCCCUUCACCUACAUCGAGCACGAGUCCAACGGGAAGCUGUGGCCCGGCAUCCACCAGAUGUUCGGGGCCGUGGAGCGGUUCCAGGUGGUCAAUUCCUACGGGCUCUUCCGCAGGAUGACCGGCGUGGGCGGCCGGCCCGAGGUCAUCCUGGAGGGCAGCUACGAUGGGCACAGCUGGACGGAGAUCGAGUUCAUGUACAAGCCCGGAACGUGAGCGCGGCGCCGGCCGUGGUGGCCCCGCACCAGCCCCGCCUGGACUGGCAGCUCUGGUUCGCCGCCCUCGGGCCCCACCAGAAC